CGGGCAAAGUGAGGGACUGUUCUUGGAGUUGCGCCUGGCGGAGUGACAAUUUGGUGGCAGAAAGACGAUCUAAACUUACGCCUGCUCAGACCACAUCUAAGUCCUGGCGCAAGAUAGACUGCUGGUCUACCGCGAUGGUUUGAUACCCAAAAAUAUGUGCAAUCUUUCAAAGUUAUUAAAAGUGAUUAUCAAUUUUGAAACAGAUUUGAGGAAGAAACAUGAAGUAGAUGAAUAUGUUUUGCUUUCGCGGGCCACAUAAAACUAUGUGGCCGGCGGCGUACGGACCACGGGCCUUGAGUUUGACACCUGUGAUUUCACAUCUUCAAUGAACUUAACGUGCAUGUUUUGGGACUCUUGGAAGAAACCAGAUUUCCUGAAGAAAGCAUACAAAGACCACACAGGAAGAAUGAUUCGAAUCCUGAACCUCAGAAUGACGCAGAUGUACUUGCACAGUUCUAUUCAUGAAAAAGUACACGUGAUCUUCUUGCCCUAAGUGGAUUUCCUUCACACUCCAUUUCUUAGAGAAUUGCAAAUUCUAAUUUUGGUGCCUGCAAUUUCCUACUUAAUCUUUCUUUUUUUUUUUAAAUGCCCAAUGACCACAAACCAUCACCAAAUGACGACCCACCCUGGUGGAAAGGCCAGCUGCGUCCAUGGGCGUGGGCGUGAUGUUCUAUUUGCGUGGGCGCCCUUUAAAGCCCACAUCAGCACACCGUGAGCGCAGUCUAGUCGGGCUGUGUGCUGUCACCUUCUGUCAUCCGGCAGCAGUACUGCAUGCAUCCUGCCCCGCUCGCCUCCCACCGCGAGAACGGCUGCACGCCGUGGACUGUCCAAUGUGGAUUACCUUUACCUGGAUAAAAAGGGGUUAGUGCGCGUGGGAAUAAACUCAAUCUUUCCUCCUUGAUUUGAUUUUCUGUGGAAUAUUUCACCACGAGAGCACCCAUGGCAAAGUGGUUGGUCUACGCGUUACGUCUAUUGGUGAUUCUGGAGCCCGCUUGGAGUAAAACUGUGGCCGAGGAUGCGAGUGAAGUGGUGCGCCAGAGCACGUCGGAGCGCCGCGUCCUUACGCGUCCGAGCUCCGGCCGGGACGCGGUGACCAGCAGCAUGUUGAAAGUUUACGAGAACUACAGCAAAGAGCCGCGCAGCCACAAACGGGGAAACACAGUGAGGAGCUUCACAGCUGUCCCGAGAGUGUUGCAUGGAAAAGAAGUAUUCCAGUUCAACUUCUCCUCCAUCCAAUACUCAGAGGUCAUCCUGUCUGCGUCCUUCCACUUCUUCCUCAAGCGUCAACACCAGCGGUCAUGGCGUUUCCGGAGACCUCGGCGCCCAUCCCCCGCCAUCCACCAUCAACUUCCUCCUUCCCUGCAGAUCCUCUUCCAUGGAUUAUCGCCAAACUCUGCCUCCACAACACUGCUGGGAAACAUCACAGUAAGCUCCUUUAAAAAAAGUGCAUGGCAAUCAAGGGAUGUUACAACUGUGAUCAAGCAAGCAGCAGAAGGCCUUACCAUCAUGGUGGAAACCGAUUUGGUUCCAAGGGCAACUCAGCAGCAUAGAAGUCUUUCUGCAGACAACAUGCCUUUUAUAAUUCUCUAUGCUGAUGAUCAAGCCAUAGACGACCCCAACAGCGUGGCCGCGACCCUGCAGAGGUACGGACCUUUCCCUGUCGGGGAGGAUGCGUCCACCUCAUCUUCAAGAAUCCGGAGAGAGCUCCAGCUCCAGAUCCAAACCAAUGACAUUCCAGAGGUCCAGUACAACACCCUCAAGAACCACGAACUGUGGCAGAGCACCUAUUUUCCUGCCAAAUCCAAAAGCAAACCUGGAAGGAAGCAGAACCAGGAGAGCAGGGAGGUGCUGAGCUUUGACGAGAGGACAAUGAAGAAAGCCCGCAGGAGACAAUGGAGUGAGCCCAGGGUUUGCACCAGACGGUACCUCAGGGUGGACUUUGCUGACAUUGGAUGGAGUGAAUGGGUUUUAGCACCCAAGUCAUUUGACGCCUACUACUGCGCUGGAUCCUGUGGAUUCCCCAUUCCUAAGGUGGUGCGUCCUUCCAAUCACGCCACCAUCCAGAGCAUCGUCCGGGCUGUGGGAAUCGUCCCGGGUAUUCCGGAACCGUGCUGCGUGCCAGAAAAGAUGAGUCCCCUCAGUGUGCUCUUCCUGGACCCGAACAGGAAUAUGGUGCUCAAGGUUUAUCCGGGCAUGUCUGUGGAUACUUGUGCCUGCCGGUAGGAGCCAACAGAGACCUUCAGAGAGGUGAAGGUUCAAGGAGCAGGCAGUGGUUGGAUGCAGGUGGGAUUUCAUUGGUUCUGGCUGAAAAGAAACUCUGGCUUUUCCUUGGAUUUUUGGUGAUUUUUUUGGACAGCUUUGGUCAAUCUAUGACGUCAAAGACUGAAAUAAAGUAGACUCAAUCCCAUGGUAACCCAUUGUUAUCGCUUGAAUCUAACUAAUCUUAAACUCACACAAAAACUGUGUAUUGUGUCUUUAACAUCUUCAAUAUAUUUGGCAGGGAAUGUUGGAGAUGCAUGAGAGGUAACAUGUUGUCUAUAUAUUGUACAUAAUGGGUGCAUUUUAUAGUUAUACUGUAGUUAACCGGAGUGGAGCUUGUUUUUGGGAGUCCGGUUACAUAGGGAAACUUGUGUAUUGCUGCCCCCUGCUGUUCAUUUUAGGAACAUUGCAGGUCUUGCAACCACAGUACUGUAUAUCCAAUACAAUGUACAGUUUUUAAUAUUAUGUACAGUAAUUAGUAUAAAAUGCUAAUGUAACCUAUUGCAAUGUUUUUAUUUCCAUUCUUAAAUACUGUAAUCUGAGAUUUUAAUAAUUAUACACUAUAUGGCAGAUUUUUGUAUUUUAGUAUUUUACAGCUAAUUGGCAUGUAUUUAGCCACUCUAUUAGAUUGUAAUUAAUUAUGUUUUUUUUUUUUGCAUUCAUCUUCUAGUAAUAAAUGCAUGAUAACUGUUUUGUGUUUACAUUAAAGUAACUCCAAUCAGUAUUUUUACACAAACAAUGGCUCAGAUGACAAUGAUUUCACUAUUGAGAAUUAUGACGCAUUACAUUCAGUUAUUAUGUAAAAGAACAUUUUGGGGUGGAUUUGUUUUACGAGCUUUCGGGGAGAUUUUAAUCCCAUCAUUUCAUUUGGCAGUUUUGCAUUUUCUAUAGCACUUGUCCUCAUUCGGGUCAUGGGUUUAGAUGAAAGACAGACAAAUCCCGGGACUGGUCACCAUCCAUUCUCGGGGCAUAGACUGUAUGGACAAUCAACCAUUCUCACUUACAUUCACACCCGUGGACCAUAAUUAGCAAACAAAAAAUCCCCAGCAUGAUUUCUUAACCAAAUCAUAUCUCCUAUUGCCAGUCAGAGGAGCAAAGUUCCAAUUCUUUCCGAGCUUGGAUCUCCCUGCUGUGUUUGUUUCCCUCAUGCAUGCCUCUAUUAUUUAGUGAUUUGGUCAUUAACUUCCAUCACCUCAUGACUCCGCAGUGGGAACUUUUAAAAGCAUGAAUGGACCACACUGGAAGUGAUUUGACAAAAACACUGCAUGGAUUCGUGGCUGAAAGACAGGAAUUUUAAGAUAGGCCAGACUUGGGCCAAUGUCCCCAGACACAUUGGCUUGGGAUUUGGGUGCAAAUCCCCCCUCACCAGAACCUGAUGUCCCAUCUUCCAUCUUUUUGACGCACAGUUUGUGAUGGUGGCCACAAACACAAAUUGUGUGAAAUGUUCUCAUGUCAAUCAAUCCUAGUGUCUAACUCGGACUGGUCAUAAAUGUUGUUUAGUUAGUAGUAGAACAAGGACUUAGUCAUUAAACAGAGCACUUUUGAAACAUUUUUAAAAAAUAAAAAAAGUCCGCAAAAUAGUUUUAAAAUCUCAGCCAGUUGUUACAUUUAGGGCAUCAGAUUUGUCUCGGAAAUUCUUGACAUUUGAUCACGUUACCCAAUAAUGUGUAAAUAUUUUUUUUAUAUGUAAUUACACAUAAAAUCCCAUUCUGUUGAAUUUCCAUUACACCUAAAUAGCGAGAACAUGUUAACUUAGUAUCGUAAACUCGUCCAUAUGACAGUAGCAACUACAUGAAAAUAUUUUAUUGUAUUGUAUUACAGUGGGCGGCACGGUGGACGACUGGUUAGAGCGUCAGCCUCACAGUUCUGAGGACCCGGGUUCAAUCCCCGGCCCCGCCUGUGUGGAGUUUGCAUGUUCUCCCCGUGCCUUCGUGGGUUUUCUCUGGGCAGUCCGGUUUCCUCCCACAUCCCAAAAACAUGCAUUAAUUGGAGACUCUAAAUUGCCCAUAGGCAUGAUUGUGAGUGCAAAUGGUUGUUUGUUUCUAUGUGCCCUGCAAUUGGCUGGCAACCAGUUCAGGGUGUACCCCACCUCCUGCCCGAUGACAGGUGGGAUAGGCUCCAGCACGCCCGCGACCCUAGUGAGGAGAAGCGGCUCAGAAAAUGGAUGGAUGGAUGUAUUACAGUGUGGAAGUAUGAUGAACAAGUGGUUAACACGUCAGCCUCACAGUUUUGAUGUUCAAGGUUUGAAUCUCAGGUCUGAUCUCCAUGUGUGGAGUUUCACGUUAGAGCAGCACGUUGAGUUAGGGUUUUGUAGUGGUGGGCCGUGCAUUUUGGGGACUUGCCCAACUUAAUCCAAUUAAUAGUGGCAAAGUGUUUCUGUUGGCUUCUUCAAGCCGUGAUCUCCAACUCUCACUGGAGCAGUUCGCAGCCAAGUGUGAAGCGGCUGGGAUGAGAAUCAGCAACUCCAAAUCUGAGACCAUGGUCCUCAGUCGGAAAAGGGUGGCGUGCCCUCUCCAGGUCGGGGAUGAGAUCCUGCCCCAAGUGGAGGAGUUCAAGUAUCUUGGGGUCUUGUUCACGAGUGAGGGAAGAAUGCAACGGGAGAUCGACAGGCGGAUCGGUGCAGCGUCUGCAGUGUUGCUGACUUUGAAUCGGUCCGUUGUGGUAAAGAAGGAGCUAAGCCGAAAGGCGAAGCUCUCAAUUUACCGGUCGAUCUACGUUCCUACCCUCACCUAUGGUCACGAGCUAUGGGUCGUGACCGAAAGAACGAGAUCCCGGAUAAAAGCGGCCGAAAUGAGUUUCCUCCUCAGGGUGUCCGGGCUCUCCCUUAGAGAUAGGGUGAGAAGCUCGGUCAUCCGGGAGGAUCUCAGAGUAGAGCCGCUGCUCCUCCACAUCGAGAGGAGCCAGAUGAGGUGGCUGGGGCAUCUGAUUCAGAUGCCUCCCGGACGCCUCCCCGGUGAGGUGUUCCGGGCACGUCCCACCGGGAGGAGACCCUGGGGACGACCCAGGACACGCUGGUGAGACUAAGUCUUUCGGCUGGCCUGGGAACGCCUCGGGAUCCCCCCGGAAGAGCUGGAUGAAGUGGCUGGGGAGAGGGAAGUCUUGGUGUCCCUGAUAAAGCUAGUGCCCCCACGACCCGACGUCGGAUAAGCGGUAGAAAAUGGAUGGAUGGAUGGAUAUUCGAAAAUAAAACUUUUGAAUAGAUGAAUUUGAAAAAAAUGCCAAACCGCGAGUAUGUGGGGAUUCACUGUACCAUGGUGCAUUGAGAAGCGAGUUUAAUUUGAUUUGUGAACAUGCUUGUAACUCAAAACACUUCACUUUCACUUCUGAAAUCAUCUCAAACCGAACAAAAAUGUUUGGAACAGGAUUUUAAUAAGGAGAAUAGCACUCUAUAAUGGUGUACAUUACAAAACAUAGUAAUAACAUAAUUAAAUAAUGUGUAAAGAAUUAGGUAGUGUUUGCAUCAUGAUUACUUCAUUGUGAUUUUGCUGCUCCUUUCUGUGUUUGCACAUUGGCCACCUGGGGGCAGUAUAAUACGGACAUGCAAAUGUAAAUGGAGACUGAGGAGAUGGUCACAACUGCUCAGUAAGAUGCAGUAAUAUUAGUCGUUUUUUGCAGAGGAUAAAACAUAUAUGCCUUUGACUAUUGGUAUAUUGUCUGUCUACAUGUGUUGCUCCACUGUUUGUGUUCAAAUGUCCAUUGCUUAAAAUGUUGUAAAACCAAGCCACCAAUGCAAUCUGAAAGUCUAUGGCAUGUUGCCCUGUUUUUUUUUUUUAAGCAUUAAGCUAAGCAAACUUUCAAUAGCAGAGCUAUGUGGUUGUUUUAAAUAAACUUGUAAGUCUCA